AUGACGACAUACGAUAAGUUGGUUAAAGGGGCAACUAAGAUUAAGUUAGCACCUCCAAAGGAUAAAUACAUUGAACCGAUAUUAAUGGGUACAAAUGACCCACACGAUUUUAGAGAAAUUGUUAAAGCUUUACAUUCUAGAGUCAAUGAUUCUGCAUGGACAGUCGUAUACAAAUCAUUGAUCGUGAUUCAUGUUUUAAUGAGAGAAGGAGAUAGGGAUGUUGCUAUUAAAUAUUUUUCAAAUAAUUUGAAUUAUUUUGGUUUGGCGGGAAUUCAUCAUUCCAAUUUCUCUAAUGGUGAUUUAAGAGCAUUACAAAGGUAUACAGAUUAUCUGAAAACUAGAUGUGAAGAAUUCGCUGAGUUUCGUGUUGAUUAUGUUAGAGAUGGUUAUACUUCAUUGAAAGUUAUUCUUUCUGAUAAUAAUGAUAAUGUCCAUCUAGCCUUGAAUCAUGUCGAAUCCUUAGAAGUUCAAAUUAAUUCUUUAAUCAAAAACAAAUAUUCUUCUACUGAUUUAGCAAAUGAUUUAUUAGUGUAUGCAUUUAGACUAUUGACAAAAGAUUUAUUAGCAUUAUACAAUGCGUUGAAUGAAGGAAUUAUUACUCUGUUAGAAUCAUUCUUCGAAUUAUCACACAAAGAUGCAGAGAGAACAUUGGAUUUAUACAAAUCUUUUGUUGACUUAACAGAAAACGUUGUGAAAUAUCUGAAGAUCGGUAAAUCUAUUGGUUUAAAGAUUCCUGUAAUCAAGCAUAUAACAACCAAACUGAUUAGAUCAUUGGAAGAGCACUUGCAAGAAGGUAGUAAUGCAUUUAGCAAUACUGAUGCCACACAAGGAGAACAAAGGAGAAACGUUGAUGUGAAUGAUGGAAACAAUGGACAACAGAAGAGUACAAUUGUGCGUUCAGAAACACAACAGUCAUUAACUGAACAAAAGUUGGCCCAAAUUAGGGAACAAAAGAGACAAUUAGAGGAACAGAUUAAAAAUCAACAAAUUUUGACCUCCCCAACCAUCCCACAAAAUACGAAUAGUGUUUAUAACCCAUUCGGUUCCUCUGCUAAUACAGAUACGUUUACAUUUGAGCAAGCCUCUCAACCUGUCAAUGCUGUUGCACCAGCAGUUGCACAAAUUCCUGUCCAAUAUACGAAUAACCCAUUCUUACAACCUCAAGUUACAGCACCAAUAAAUUCCCAAAUGCAACAGCAACCUGUCGCUAACCAAGUGCAACAACGUGUUGUAACAGCACCCGUCAUUCCUCAACAGCAAACUGGCUUUUUUGCUUCCAAUGCGCAAGUCACUCCAAGUUUCACAGGCGCUGGGUUUGGAGGAUACUCUGAAAUGCCAGUUCCUCAACAGAUGACAGACCAGGCUGGUAUGAGUCAACUACCAGCUGUUCAUGAAACUGGAUCGAAUAAUCCAUUUGCGGCUCAAGUGCAACAACCAGAUAUGGCUGGGAACCCAUUCCAAAACUACAACACUGCUACCGGUGGAGCAAUAAUCAAUGGCCAAAUAACAGGAGUGCAAACUCCAUCAUUAGUGAUGAGCAAUACAUUUGUUGCAACAACGGAACAACCACAGACACAACCGCAAGCUAUUCAAGACUCGUUCACUGGCAUGGUUAAUAUGAAUAGUACAGGAUAUGUAAAUCCAUUCCAGCAGCAACAAGCACAACAGCAAGCCCAGGCACAAGCACAACAGCAAGCCCAGGCACAUCUACAACAACAGCAAGCACAAGCACAAGCACAAGCACAAGCACAAGCACAAGCACAGGCACAAGCACAAGCACAAGCACAGGCACAAGCACAGGCACAAGCACAAUUACAACAACAGCAAAUGUACCAACAACAACUACAACAGAAUCAAUUCCAGCAACAGCAACAUACAACUAAUCUCAUAGACAUCUAA